GCGCGCUGAGGCCUUAAAAGGGCGGCGGCGGCGAGCGCUGGGCACGGUCGCACCAUGGCAGGGCUUAGGCUUGGUCUGUCGCUGCUGGCUGUGGCCUUGGUGUGCGGCGCCACCGCGCAGCGCCCCGCGUCCCCCCCGCGGAUGGUGGGGGCCCCGGUGACCAUCGACAACGCCGAAAACGACGAGGGCCUGCAGCAGGCCCUGCGGUUCGCCAUGGAGAAGUACAACGAGGCCAGCAACGACCUGUACUCCAGCCGGGUGGUGCGGGUCAUCAGCGCCAAGAAGCAGAUUGUGGCUGGAGUCAAGUACAUAAUGGAAGUUGAGAUUGCCCGGACAACCUGUGAAAAGCCAGCAGCUGAUCCCCAGAACUGUGCUUUCCCUGAUUCACCCCAGCUGUCUCAGCACACCGUCUGUAAGUUUGUGGUGUAUGUUGUUCCUUGGCUGGGCAAAACUGAACUGCUGCAGAGGGAGUGCAAGUGAGCCUGCCUUGGUGCCGGCAAAGACCAGCCACCAGCUGCCCAGAUUUUAAGAGGGUUGAAAAAAAAGCAAUAACACUUUCUAUGCCUGUUAACUACCUGUGUGUGCUUGUGCUAUGCAAGGCAAACUAUGUAACUUUUUAAGCACAGUAAGAUCUCAGCUCUGUCUUGGUGAUUACAUUUUGGAGCAGCUGUUUUGUUUGGUCUUCCUACAGCAUUCCCAAUAAAGAAACUCAAACAGCA